CUGCCGCAGCUUAUAGCUGUCAAGUGCGUCUUCGCUAUGAGCUGGAACUAAUUUAGCGUUCAACAGAUGUCCAUUAAUAGGACGGCGUACAGUUUUUCGGCAGGUGUACAAAGCCGACUCCCGUCUCUGAACUGCUAGGUGCGCAGUCGGAGAGGACAACCACACCUCCGGAUGAUGCUCCUGUCACGGAUCAAUCUCACCCUGGCCCUCAUCCUCCUGAGUCCAGUCAGCAUUCUCCGCUUGUGGUGGGUGUUGGGUAGCCCUUUGGUCAUGGACCACAACAGCAUCUGCAGGAAGACCAGGCGUCUGGGGGGCAAGCACGCCGAGCUGUGCCAAUCUCAGCCGGAGAUUGUGCAGGAGGUGGUCAAGGGCGCCCGCAUGGGCAUGCGUGAGUGCCAGCAUCAGUUUCACCAGCACCGGUGGAACUGCACCAACCACAGCAAGAGCCUGGCCAAGAUCCUACAGCAAGACAUCCGUGAGGCGGCGUUUGUGUACGCCAUCACGGCGGCGGGCGUGGUCCACGCGGUGACCCAGGCCUGCAGUAUGGGCGACCUGCUCCAGUGCGGCUGCAUCUCCAGCCGCGGCCCCCCCGCUGCGGACCACCAGACGACGACACCGCUGACCCCUGCUCUGACCCAAGAGGGGCCCUGGGAGUGGGGCGGCUGCGGGGACGAUGUGGAGUUCGGCUAUCAGAUGUCCAGGCAGUUCACCGACUCCAGGAGGAAGAGGGGCAAGAGCGACAUCAGGACUCUGAUUGACCUGCACAACAACGAGGCAGGACGGCUGGCGGUCAGCAGCUUCAUGCGUGUGGAGUGUAAGUGCCAUGGCCUGUCAGGCUCGUGCACGCUGCGGAGCUGCUGGAGGAAGAUACCUCUCUUCCGCCAGACGGGCGAUUGGCUGCUGGAGCGCUUCAAGGCCGCCGUGCAGGUGAUGGGCAGCAACGACGGCAAAUCCCUGAUCCCGCUCCGCCCGGGGGCCCCGCCCAUCCAGCCCCAUGACCUCAUCUUCUCCGCCGAGUCACCUGACUUCUGCCUGGCCAAUCGGAGGCUGGGGUCGGAGGGCACGCAGGGCCGCGUGUGCAACGGGACGUCCAGCGCCGGUCCAGCGGCGUCCGAGGGUCCGGGGGCGUGCGAGUCCCUGUGCUGCGGGCGGGGUCACCGCGAGCACACGCUGGUGUACGAGGAGAACUGCGGCUGCAGCUUCCACUGGUGCUGUGUGGUCCAGUGUCAGAGGUGCUCGGUGCGCCGAGACGUCAGCUUGUGUCUCUGAGAGGACGCGCCAACAGCAGG